GGCGGGGCCGGGGCCUGCUAUCCGCGCGGCCUGGCGCAAAAAACAUGGCGGCGCCCGUGUACCCGGCCUGGGUCAUCCGCUGGGUCUCCGGGCAGUGGCGGCAGAAGAAGCGGCCCCCGGUUCUCCGCCCUACCCGGCCGCUGGUGCUGGCCAACAAGGUAGCGAACCGCAGGGAGCAGGCGGGAGAGGCGACAUGCAUUACAGAGAUGUCGGUAAUGAUGGCCUGCUGGAAACAGAAUGACUUCAACGAUACAGCUUGUGCUGAGGAGAUCCGGAUAUUCCAUGAAUGCGUGGCAAAGGCAGAAAAAGAGCGCAAGAAUCAAAAUGAGGACAUCCUGUCAUCCAGGGGAGACUUAACUUCAAGCAAAGUGAACAAGCUCCUGAGGAGGUUUCCUCAGAUCACACGUUAUGUAUAAUGUGCUUGAUUAAAGGGACUGCAGACAAGCAAUUAAAAUUGGUGUCUUUGGCAAAAAAAGUGAAAAGUAAACUUGAGUGAGCAUUUGAUUUCAGGUGGUAUCUGUCAGCGCUGCUGUGUGGAUCUUGACCACAUCUCCGUUUCCAGAGCAAAACCCACCCAUCUUGACCAUCAGCUGACUUUGUUCAUGAGAUUCUUGGGUCUUCUGGUCUUGAGAUUUCUGGAGUGUACUCCACACUAGCCACAGUGUGGAGUCAGGCCCUCACUGAGAAAUGAAAUCUUCUAGGAAUGCAUGUAAAUGCCUUUUCCAACAGUUAGGGGGUGACUUUUCCUCAUGUAUAAGCUUCCUGCCUAACUAACUUUUGAGCUGCUAUCAAAAAGUGCUUAGGCCCAGACACUGAGACAAUUUAAAAGUGUUAGUAAUCUCAUGACUCAUACUCCUACACAUAUGUAUAUGCAAUUUGAUUCCUCUUAAAAUUUUUUUAAUUCCUGCUGCUGUACAAGAAGGCUGUAGAAUGAGGAAGUAAUCUUCAGCAAAAUACCUUGUUAAUACACAAUACAUUGGUAAGGAUCAAAUAUAACUUUAACACAGAAGCUUGUGAUUUAGGCCCUCUGCCUUGCAGGUGGGACAGAUAUGGUGCCAUGUCAGAUCCAUUAUGUUGCCUGUACUAUAAUAAAAACGUAAAACUCUUGUUUGGCUUGAGCAACUCAUAAGCCACAAGAAAAUGCUCCAUUGUUUUGGUAAAAAAGCUAAAAGGGGAAGAGAAAGUUCAAGCAUGGACUGAUACUGAAAUUAUGUAAUUAAUUAUUUGUUUAGAUUUUUUUAUCACUGGAGUACCACAAAACUGCAGGCAGGUCCCUGUUGUUUUAGGACCAGUACUUAAUUGGUUAGAAAAAUGCAGGGCCUCAGAGAACUAAUGAUACAACCAUUUAUGUCACUAAUUCUUGGAUGUAAAGAAAAAGAGUAAGAAGGAAGUCGGGAGCACACAGACUAUGGCUACCUGCAUGUAGCUAGAGUUUUCAUGGAGUUGGAGCUGACUUCUCUGGAGCCCCAGACUGAUUUCUGUUCUUCACAUAAAUACUGGUCAAGUGUACACUUUCAAGUUACUGAAGCAAUUUUUGUUUACCUGUUACAAUGGCUUAUUAGUGGCUUAUCCCACAGGGUAGCCUAUUCUAUUGCUGCUAUUAUGGCAUAACUGGGUCUUUCAGAGGACUUGAAGUCAGUAAGAACAUGAUUUCCAAAUCUAAGUUUGGGAAAACACUUUGGUUCUAUGACGUUUUGGAUUUUCAGUCCAAAAGAUGCUCUCUGAAAAGGAGAGCUACUUGCUGAUUCUUUGUGUCUGAAGGAGACAAGCUGAGUUGGGAGUGAGGGACCAAUGAAUUGUAACUUGACUUCUGUUGAUGAUGGUUUUUCUUUCUUUUUAUUAAAACUUACAAUACAAGUAUAAUUUUGCAUCUCUUAAGCUAGCAGAUGUGCUAAAUGUACCAAAUUCCAGUGCCUGUGAAGAACUCUCUAUAUAAGAGGCUGUAGCAGAGAAACUAACACUUUUUUGUUCUGUUCUUACUUGGAAGUUUUGCAUGUCUCCCACUAAUCUGGACAGCCAUUUUUUGAUUUUACUGCUUCACAGUGAACUUCACAAGUUAUCUGGGGUUUUUUCUCAUUUUUUACAUGUCUACUGUAAGCUUGAAAUUACUAUGCUAAGGUUUUCUAGUCCUUAAAGAAAUGCAUUUGUUUGGAGGAAGAAGGAAUGAAAGAGAAUACUUUUCAAAUGCACCCAGAUUUUACAGUGCUUCUUGUGAAAGAAGUACUCUAGCAAUUCUUUUGUCUCAGGAUCCCGUGCUGUAACC